UGCCCCCCGCACCGCGCUGUAUCGCAGAGUUCUAGGCCGCAUCUCCUACCUGCACAUUUGCUACCAAAGGACGGACGCCGGACACGCAUCUCUCUCGCACUCACAGAUCCAAUGUCAAAUUGAUGAAAGGAAGGAUGGAUGGAGCGGAGGAAAAUGCACACGACGUUGCCCAGCAGAUACUCCCAGAAAGCCCGCACCAUCUCUCGUUGUCCUUCGACCGCCGCUUUCCCAGACCGGACGCGUGGACCUUCAGCGGCCCGAGCAGUUCGCUGCAGUACAUGACGUACAUAUCGGCUGCGCAGCGAGGCAUUCUCACGACCCGUGCCGCCUUUGAGAUCAGCGACGAAACGCCGCCGCCGCCGCCCUCGAUGCCUGUCAAGGCCCUCGCCAAGGGCGAGCCCAAGAAGAAGCUGUCUUUGAUGGACUAUCAGAACAGGAAAAAGUCGGCAUCGCCUGUGGAGAAUGGGUUGCCAACGAGGACAGAGUCAAGGACAAACGGCGCGAUAACCGCGAGGUCGCUGCCUUCAAAGGAUGACGUUACGGCUGGCGAAAGAACCCAUGCGCCGCCACGCCCGGCGAACGCGGCCCCGGAAAAGCCGCGGGCGGAGGUGAAUGGGGAGAGGUACUCGGCACAGACUGCCGCACCGUGGGGCGCAUCACGAAUUGCUAACUCGCCCGGCAGAAGCAAGGUAUCCCAGACGAAGCCGCAACCGGACCCAGAGAGCCGUAAGCGGACCGCAGAGGUAUCCGCCGAACCAUCCCCUCGGAAACGAACCAAGAGCGACGUCGGCAUGGCGAAGGCGGAGCAAUCAUCAAGGCCAGCCAAACCAGGAACCCCUCGCGGCCGGGAAGGGGCGGAGAAACCAGCGAGAGAGAUCAGGGCGGAGACCUCACACCCUACCGUCAACGGCUUACCCCCCUUGUCUGCUGCGGACAGGGACCGAGAACAUACGGCAUCCCCGAAGUCGACAAUUCAAGUAAACGGAUCGAGACCUCGCUCGGACAGUGGGACUUCGACACCCCGGAAACCCGAGUCGAUAAAGGCGGCUCUCCCGCAGCUCUUAUCGCCCCUCCACCCGUCUCUGUUCGAGGGCGAGUCCGAGAGGGAGGACAUGCCGAAGCACAAAACAGCGGGGAAGGCAUCAAAACCGGAAAAAGAGAAAGCAAAGAGGUUCAAGAUACCGGAACUGCUCUCGCCAACAUUACCCCCGGUCAUUGAAGAGAUCCUGGCCCUCAGGGACCGGAAGCCGACUGCCUCGAAGGGGGUGUCUAGCCAGUCGUCCGGCCACUCCUCCGACUCGCCAAGCGGUGCGAGGAAGACAAUAGUGGCGGCUCUGCCUGGGCGCACGGCUGAAGAGGAGGAGAGGCCUUCCAGGCCAUCCAGAAUCGUCACAUUCAAGCUCAAAAAGGCCAAUGCGAAGCGGGCCAAGGAACUCUUGAGCCUCCCUUCGAAGUCAACAAAGGAUGCGCUCAAGAAGGAGCGCUCGGAGAGUGCAGAAGCUCCUCCACCGCCGGCCAAGAAGCGGCCGCGGCCAGCGGAGGACGCACCCCAGGAGAGCGCCGCCGCCUCCAAGCGGCCCAAGAUCUCCGCCGACGUGAUAACCGCGAGGCCGGCCGGCUCGAGAACCCCGCUCAAACCCGCCGCUCCAGCCAUGUCCCGGGUGGCGUCCAGCCAAUCCCAGGGCCAGGGCAACACUCCCGCGGCCACGACUGGCCUCACCCCGAGCACAUCUGAUAACAGACCGCCGACCCGUUCUGAGCCUCUCGACCCCAAGGUCUUAGCCCAGGUCGACUACUUCAAAGACCGGCACACAGAGUACUCACGCCUGGGCAGCAAGCUUAAGCAUGCGCGGGACGAUAUGAUGCGCGACCGCGGCACCAACCCGGCAGCCGCCGACGAGCGGCGCAUCUCGGCGCUGCAUUUCGAGAUGGUGCUCGCGUACAUGGUCGCCUUCGACUCGCUCAACCAGUCACGCAUCCUCGAGCGCAAGGUGUGCGAGAUCUCGGCCUGGGAGUCGCUCCUCCCGCACCUCGCCGAGCUCCGGGGCCGCGUGCAGGCCAACCGCGCGCUCAAGGCGCUCGCCAUGCAGAUGCACGCUCUAUGCCUCGAACAGAUCAGCAACGCGUUUGCCACACUCGACCCGGCCGGCGCCGCGGCCACCUUCGGCCGCUGGACGAAGCAUCACCGAAACCGGACGCUCAUGUGGGGGGACGCGAACGCCACGUACGAGCGCGUGGAGGAGCCCAAGAUGAGGGUCGUGAUGGGGCCGUGGACGGCCGUGGACGACGCCGUCGCCGCCGUGCUGGACAUUAUGAGGCGGUGGGCCGAGAAAGAUGGGGUGCGCUGGCAGCCCGAGGUUAAUGUCAAGGGUGGGAAGGAUCGAGAAAGAGAGAGAGAGAAGGUACCGGACAAGGACAGAGAAAAUAAGAACAGGGAUAAGGAAAGAGCCAGGGACCGAUACCGUGACCGCGAGAAAGAUCGAGAACGAGAACGAGAUCGCGAUCGCGAUCGCGAGCGUGAUCGUGAUCGAGAGCGAGAGCGAGACCGGGACAGGGACAGGGACAGGGACAGGGAUAAGGAGCGGGAGAGACCUAGGCACCCGGCCAACGGUUCCAAGUAUUAACUUGCUGGAUAUGGGAUAUAUGGAAGCCCUCCCACCGCUUCCAAGGACAGACCCUUACUUGGACACGACAUCACCUCUUCGCCGCCGACCCAUCUUCCCCUCGCACACGAAACCCGGCUACGACUCAUCCUCAAGUUACAACGCAUAACACAAGGAAAACCCACCGAGCGUCGUCGACA